UGUGUGCUCUGUCUUCUCGAUCCCAAGUGAGUCGUGGAGGAUGGCUGCUUAUACUGAGCCAGGAUCCUCUGGAGGUUUCUUCCUGUUAAAAGGGAGUUUUCCUCUCCACUGUUGCUGCAUGCUUGCUAAGUAUGAGGAUUGCUGUAGCCUAAUGGCACAGACUUGAUGCAAUUUGCUGGGUUCCUUAUAAAGGAAACAUUAUUUCUGAUUGGCUUAAUGAACUGACCUGAAUUGAAAUGUUUAUUAUGUGAAGUGCCUUGAGACAACUCUUGUCGUGAUUUGGCGCUUUAUAAAUAAAAUUGAAUUGAAUUGAAAAUACUUUUUCACUGCUACAUCUGAGGUCAUUCAUUUAGUUUAAUGGUGGUUUAAAUAAACAGGUCAAAUGUGAGAAUUUUCAUGUCGUCAGUGUGUGUGUGUGUGCAUUUCAAAACACUACUGAAGUCUGCGGCUGCUGUUUUCCACAGAUGGAAGUGUGAUUUGCUCAGCGUCGAUCACAGCAACACUUUCCCUGACUCCAUCCUGCACAGGAAGUUCCAUUUCCCACCCCCUCACUAAAGCCAGAGCUGUGAGUGUGUGUGUGAGCAUGCCGUUAGUGUUUUCAGUGAGCCGAGAGGGAGGAGCAGAAGGACGUUUGGAGUAGAAGCAGAACGUGCAGUGUUUCAUAUUACACUCAUCAGCUGGGGAAAAGGAGGAGAGGAGGAGGAAACCUGAGGAUACUUUUCUUCACGCAGACUUAGGCUGGAGUUUAUGGAGGCUGCAGCUGUGGAAAAUGAUCUCCUCUCUGGUGUUUGCUUUCCUGACCCAAGCUCUGUUUGGAGAUUUGUGUUGGGCCAUCAAUGCCACCAUCACUCCCUCACCCUUUACAAUGGCCCAGGAGGGUCAAAAUAUCACUCUGACUUGUGUCGUGUCCCAGCGACGCCGCAACACAGCCUUACCUGUUGUCAAGUGGACCUUCCUGCCGGCUGACACAGAUCGGCUGGAGGACGAACUUCUCAUCGCCCGUGUCAAUAUGAGAAAAGCCCGUUUCUAUGGUAACUACACAAAGAGUUUCCCAUGGCCCAAGCUAAAGCUCACGGUGGUGAAGCAGGGCAAGAUCUUUGAGCUGCUCAUACUGAACGUGUCCGAGGGCGACCGAGGACUCUACAUGUGCCGCGUGCAAGAGUUUAAAAAGCACCAAGACCGCUGGAAGGCCUCCUCCAACUUCACAGCAGCCACUGAGCUCAGAGUGCAUGUUCUACCGACCACCAAGGCCAAAGAAAGCCUGUGGAGCUUGUUUGAAGAUGUGCACCUGUGUGCAGUGCUGAUCUGCUGUGUGGGAUUGCUAUGCAUGUGCUUUUUCACUGUAACCGUAACGUGUCAGUUCAUUCAGAGGAAGCAGAGGCUAAAAGAACAGUACAACUUAGUGAAAAGCCCUCAGAACAGUUCAGGAGAAACCGUCACCAGCGUGGUGAGUGUCUCUCCUGUCAUUCCUAAGAAGGAGAGGAGACACAGGAAGAAGAGGAAGAGGGAUUACCAAGAGGAGAAACCACCAGAGAUACCGGCCAAAGCUCCCAUCGGAGACAAAUCUCGCAAACCUAAACUUUUAAAACCUCAGCCAAGAAAAGUAACACUGCCCAGGAUUGUGGAAGAGAACCUGACAUACGCAGAGCUGGAUCUGGUGAAGCCGAUUCCAGAGGCAAAGGCGUCGCGGAGCGGGACCGUGUACGCUCAGAUACUGUUUGGAGAACAGCAAAUAUGAAGUAAAGCAACAGAAACCACUAAAGCUGUGCCUUCUGUAAAAAAAAAAAUGUCUAUUUAAAGUCUGUGUUGUUUUUAUUGAAAUGUUUUGUAAUUUUUGCAAAUCCUACUUAUUUGUGUGAUUUGAUGUGAAUGUUGGAAUGAAACCAGCAGACAUGUUUUAUACUGAAGUGUUUUUCUUUCAUUUGGUUCAUUUCUGUGUAAACUGAGACAACAGAUGGCUUUGUGUUGGUUUACGCCUGACCUAACUGGUGUCUUAAGUAUAAAUGACUCUCAUGGCCAGUGACAGAGAGGUUAACUCUAGCACUGAGAUCUAAAUAACUGCCGCUAUUUCAGAUGUUAAAUAAACAUAUCUUCAUGCUUUGGA